CAAUUACCUGGCUUAUUUUUAAGUAGUGCAGUUGUUUACAUUUUGCUAUUAGAAUCUAGAUCUGCAUUCUAAAGAACGAUUUGCUGCCUUACUUAUUUCACAAUUAUAGAAGGCUAAGUGGCUAAAGGCCAAAUGCAGUUUCUUUGGUUUCGAUGUGACAUAAUAUUACCAUCGGCUGCAUUAGCAGUUCUAGUUGUUGCAAUAGCCCUCGGGGGCUUUUUCGUGAAACGCGAGCUGGAAGAACCAGAAACAACGGAAAGAAACUGCGCCAUGGCUGCUGAAGCACAGACAAGUUUGGAGAAAUUUAAAGCAGAAGGUCACUCUGCAUUUGUGUUGGGGUACACUGGAGAAGUAGGCAGGGCACUUGUAGAGGAACUAAACAGGUUGAAAGUUUUCAAGAGAGUUGUGCUUAUUGGACGUCGUCAGAUACCUUUGGAUCUAGGGCCAGAAUUUGAACAAAAAGUGGUGGACUUUGAAAACAUUGAUGAUUACAAAGGAGUGUUUAGAGGAAUUGACACAGGAUUUUGUUGCCUGGGUACAACUAGAGCAAAGGCUGGUGUGCAAGGGUUCAUAAGAGUAGACCAUGACUACGUACUACUUUCUGCUGAAAUAGCUAAGGCAGAAGGAUGUAAACACUUCUCUAUUGUAUCAUCACAAGGAGCAGAUAAAAACAGUGGUUUCCUUUAUCCCAGAACAAAGGGGCAAGUAGAGGAAGCUCUUAAGGUGAUGCAUUUCAAUAGGCUUUCAGUUUAUAGGCCCGGUGUGCUUUUAUGUGACCGGGAGGAGAGCAGACCCAUGGAAGCAGCGUUUCGUUUAGUCCUGAAACCUGUGGCGUACUUUUUUCCUACUGCUAUCACAACACCUGUCAGCGUAGUGACACUGGCAAUGAUCAAUAAUGUUGUGGCAUCAUCCAACAGCUCAACUUUUGAAGUGUAUGACAAUAAAGCCAUUCACCAACUGUCUGGGAUUUCCAAAGGCUGCAACCAUUUGAAAAGGAGUCAGUCCGCCCCAGAAAGCACUAAAACUAAGUGAAGACAAAAUACCUUUUCUUGUCUUUUCUUUAUUCUUUUUUUAUGGCUUGUCAUUUUUUUUAGUGAUGCCAAAUUAAGUAGACUAUUUUUAACAUUACCUUAUGCAAUGAAUGUUUACUAAGAAAAUAGACCUUCACAAUUUUGAAAUACUUAUUGCUGCCGUAUUGUGGAAUUGGUUUUUUUUUUAAACUAUUUUUAUUGAGUAUUUUAGUAGCCAUCUGUUUCUUUAGUGCAGUCCAUUUUCUUAUGAUAAAAAAUUACCAAAUGGUUGUUUUUAAUAUUUGCUAAAUGUGUUUCCAGCAGAUUAAGGCUAAAUCAGAAUGUGCCUUUAGAUAUAUUGAAUGAUUAAUUUUUAGUUAGCAUAUUUGUAGAGAGCUUAAAACAUGAAAGUAGGAAUGGUUAAAAUCUAGCUGUACUUCUUGACUAGGGACCCAAUUUGAAUUCAUUUUUGUUUUAGAGUUUUAUUACUUAAUAUAAUAUAUAACUAUAACAUUGUCUGUUUACAUUACCUUUCAGAGUAUAACAAUAUAAAAUAUUGUAUUUUUAAAGAGCAUAUACAAGAUUGUAUUAAUUGAGCUUCAUGAUAUAGAAGUGUUAGUAUGGUUAAUGCAACAAUUAUCAUACAUUUGAUUGCACACUCAAAUGUUAUAUACUUACCCAAAGAUAAUUUCAUCUCAAUAGUUUAGAUAACAUGAAUUUUAUUUAUAUGUAAACUAUUAUAAGACUAGACUAUUUUUGCACGAACAAUAAUCAUAUAUUAAAUUAUAAAAAAUUUCUUAUAUCUUGUCAGCAAAUUACUGGGGAAUAAGCUUGACAUCACAAAUUGUUUCAAAGCUACUGGUGUUUUGUACUUCUAUAAAUGAUCAUUCCUACUUUUUUCUGAUUUUUAUCGUGGUUAAAUGUUAUCAGCUUUUAAUACAAGGGCCGAUUGAGAUUUGCUUAUCUUUUUUAAUAUGCUUUUUCUUUCAAUAUGUACUUAAUAUAACAUACUCAGCUUUUGAUUAGGUAAAAAACCAUUACAGUGUAGAUAGCUCUUUUGUAAAUAAAGUUUAUAUGAGGCCAUCUAUGUCAACAACUUUAGUUGUCCAGAAAAACAUUUACAACCAGCAAAUUAAUGAAACUUGGACAUCUAUCUUGUUAGUUGCUUCAAAAUGUUAAACAAGAACACUUUGUUACUAAACUGAAUCAGAUACAGCAAAUUAUAUAUCUAUUAUUACAUGCCUUAAUAGUGUUUUUUUUAAGAGUAUGAAACUGCAUUUUUCAAUUGUUAAAAUUUUAUAUAUAUUUAUUUGUGCAAUUUUGUUAAUUUCAUGUUCUAUUUUUGCUUUCGAUAUUGCCUUAUUAGAAACUGUGAACACUAACUAUUUCUAAAACAAGGUAAUUAUUAUUUGUUUUGCUUAUUAAUUAUUUGCUUAUUGAUUCAAAAGUUAUUUUUGCCUGUAACUGUUGAAGCUUGGCCGUGACAGACCGCAGAGUUGAAGGUCAGUUUUUAAGAGAUUUGACUAUCUGGGUGUGGCAUAAAAAUUCUUCAACGUAGUAGAAAUGUCAUUAGAUUAUAAUUUAGAGUUUAGUUAAAUACCUGGGAAUGAGUAUGGAAAUAGAUCACACAGUCUAUCCUUAAAAAUACUUGUCAUUUCUGGUAGUUGAUUUUUAUUUCCUUAAGUACUUUGCUAGAAAAAUAGUUUUUACGGUUCAAAAGUACUAGGAAGAUCUCAGUUCUAUAACUAUUGCAAGGAAUGUAAUAUUAAAUGUCUUCAGCGCAGUGCAAUUAGUUUAUCAGCAGAUUACUGGAGAUAGAAAGAUAAUAGAUAUUUAAACUUGGAAACAGAAUUAGAUUUCCCUAGUAUUCCCCACAUCAUAUCUUUGUGAUUGUUUCAUUUGUGGUUGUUUAUUAUUACUGCAAACAUUUAAAAAAAUAUAUUAUUAUUGCAGUUCAGCUCUAAUUGAUUAUUUUCCAAACAGAAUGCAAAAGUUGGACAAUGUUCUGCACCAUUAGUGCAAUAUAAUUUAUACCCUUGUGUAAAUAUUUUAGCUGUUUAUGUUUUGUAACAUCAACAGUGUAAUUAUUUGUAAUCGAGCACAGCUACUGCUUUUAACCGUAAUUACUAUUGAUAUUACAAUGAUCAAGCUAUGCAGAGCUGAAAGUAUUUUAAAAGGACAUUAUCAGCCGAUACAAAUUUUUCAGAAUUUUAACUUCAUUCCAACUUUUUAAUUCUUUACUUUUAUUUUUCAAUGAUUUUUUUUCUUGUUGUGAAUUAUAAAUUAUAACAUUUACUUAUGUAUAAAAUGUGAAUCACUCAUGUGAUUUUUCUCCCAACAAUUUUCUACAUAUUAAUGUUAUACAUUAACAUUAUUGUCCCAUGUAUUUGUAUCCCCUUAAAUCAGUUAUAAUAUAAUGGAUAAAAACACUACAGGUUAAGUAAUCCCCUUUUUCCUUCUUUAUAUUAAUUACUGUCCUUUUAAGUUCCUUUAUGAGCACAUAAUUUACUGGACAUGAUGGUUAGAAUAUCAACUAGAAUCCCGACUGAAAUCGAAGUCUGAGGGUAUCUAACCAGACUAACAUGGUAGCUAAGUGUUAGCAAAAUACAAAAUGUCAUUUAUUUUAUCAUUGUUUUAGUGUGUUACAGUUAAAUUUACUACAUAUAAUUUGUGAUUCUGGACCAGUCAGCAAUAUUUGUUUCAAGUGUUUUAUGUAUCAUCAUGUAAGUAUUUUCUUCUCUAAUGACCUGUUUAAGCUUGUAUCUGUUUGUAAGUCUGUGUUUACAAUUCAUGAAUUUUAAUUAAAUGUUACAUUGAUGUAUUAUCUGGCCCUUAAUACUUUUAUCAAGUUUUAUCAAUUUUAUAAACUUUGAAAAGCUUGAUAAGAAAUAAAAUAAUUUCUUUUUUUUUUU